AUGUUGGUUAUAUGGGCUAACAAACAAGAUUUACCAAAUGCAGUUGUUGAUGUGGAUGAAUUGACCAAAAUUCUACAAUUAAAUUCCAUUAAACAAACUUCAUAUAUUCAACCAUGCAGUGCUGUGCGUGGAACUGGUUUAUAUGAAGGACUCGAAUGGAUAUCCAACAAUUUGUAA